AUGGAUCUUCCAGUUGUGGUUGAUUCGAACGACGAUGAAAUAGUCUCCCACGAACUAGAGCAAAUGAGGAGUAUAUUGGAAGAGGCGAUUUUGGAAACGCGCAGCACCCCUCUCGAAAAUCGACCGCGACUUCCCCGCAUACCCUUAAGCAAGCGAAAUCGGGCUGUCGUGAGGGCUCUUAACCCAAUGCUGGUGACCUAUUUGGAAGCCAGCCGGGACCUUUGCGAGACGGACUCGAUUCUCUUUGGCGCCGCAGUGGCAGUUUGCCGUAUUAUUGGCGCCAAACUUCCCAUGGCUGGACGCGCUACUACACAAAGUAACGCCAUCCCAGCCUGGAGGAAAAGAAUCGAGGACCGUAUCGCAAAGGCAAGGGCCCUUAUCGGCAGACUGACAAGCUUCAGGUCGGGUAAUAAUAGACCGAGGAUUAUGCGCACCGUUAGGAUGGCGUUUGCUGGGACAAAUAUCAGUUUGUCCCAGCCGGAUAUCACGCAGAAACUAACGGAGCGCAUAGACGACCUGAAGCAAAAGAUCGCUGCUUGGGGGAAGCGGAUUCGACGAUUUUUCGAGGGGUCAAGGCGGUUCAACCAGAAUCGUCUCUUCCAGAGUGAUCAGAAGAGGCUCUAUAAAUUAUUGGAGCGACCAAAGGUAUGUGUAGCGGGCCAAGGACCGGAUCAGGCUGACAUUAUCGCAUUCUGGCGUGGCCUGUGGUCAGAGCCCGUAAAUCACAGUGAGGGCCCUUGGAUGGAAGUUGUGGCGAGCCAGGGUGCGAAUGUUACGCCUAUGGACCCCAUCACCAUAACGCCAGAAGACGUGGCUGAGGCGGUCCGUAGGGCCCCGAACUGGAAAAGACCGGGGCUCGACGGGCUGCAUCAUUACUGGCUGAAGGGGUUCGUAGAGUGUCACGCUGUGCUCGCCCGACAGUUUCAAGAGGCUCUCGACCAGAAGUCACUCCCGAGCCUCUUCACUACUGGGAUCACUCACUUGGUUCCUAAAGAUCAAGAUACCACAGACCCGAGCAAAUACCGCCCCAUCACGGCGAAAGGGGGAGAAACUGGAGGUUUUGCGUAUCGGGCAAGGAUGCAUCGACUUUUUGCUGAGCUGGAGCCAUCUGUAACCGUCACCGAGCAAAACCUGGCAGACCGAGUUCGGUAUAUCUUGCGCUCAAAUACAUUUGAUGUCGAACGGCUACGACGUGAGGCUGUUCGUUCAUCGGGUGAAAAUGCUGCGGCUGAGGAUGCGGUGCCACAACUUGCUGAGCAAACGGCAAAUGUGGAUACCGCCGUGAAUACGCCAGUUGUGGUUGAUUCAAACGAUGACGGAACAGUCGCUCAGGAACUGGAACUAGAGCAAACGAGGAGUACAUUGGAAGAGGCGAUUGUGGAAACGCGCAGUACGCCUCUCGAAAAUCGACCGCGACUUCCCCGCUUAGCCCUAAGCAAGCGGAAUCGGGCUGUCGUGAGGGCUCUGAACCCAAUGCUGGUUACCUACUUGGAAGCCAGCCGGGACCUUUGCGAGACGGUCUCAAUUAUUUUUGACGCUGCACUGGCAGUCUGCCGUAUUAUAGGCGCCAAACUUUCCACGGCUGGACGCGCUACUGGACAAAGUAGUGCUAUCCCAGCCUGGAGAAUAAGAAUUGAAGAACGUAUCGCAAGGGCUAGGGAGCAUAUCAGUCUGCUAGCUAGGCUAGCAGACUGA